AUGAAUGACGAACAUCUUAUAGCUUUGGGAAAAAAAAUUACAAAAUUAACCGAUAUUUAUAUACAAAAGAAACCAGAUCUUAUUGAAUUAUGCAAAUCUAAACAAUUAAAAAGUGUAGGAACCGUAGAUAACCUAAGGGCUAGAUUAUCUAGAUACUAUAAGGGGAUCGUAGAAUUAGGCGACAUCGAAGAAACUUUAAGUGAUCUACAAAAAAUCAAAGUUCAAAAGGAUUCAAUAGAAGAUAGAAUUGAUAUUACAGAAUUACUCACACAGAGCAAUUUAAGUGAUUCAAGCCCAGAAACGAGUAAUAGCGCUAUAAAUAGACCAAAAACAAUUAAUAACGACCUUUUAAAUAAUUUAUCCAAAGAUUUAGAAGAAAACGCAAACAAAUUAAUAAUCCAAGCAGAAAAAAUUGAAAACCUUACUAGUAAUUUAUAUCAAAACGAUUCAGUACAAGCCCCUAAUAAUAGUUAUAAUAAUUUAAUAAACUUAGAUCCUAACGAAUCUACAAAAGUAGAACACAUAUACGAAGAUAUCAUAAGUCCAAUAAAAACUGAUUCAGAUUUAAAUACCACCUUCUUUAGCAACUCAAAAUUCGUAAUAGACAAUACACCUGAAAAAUUAAAUAUAUUGGAAAAUAAAAAUCCAAAACACAAAAUGGAAAAAAUGAUAGUAAAACCAGAUAGUUUUUCCGGACAAGGUGACAUAAAAACUUUCAUCAGACAAUACGAAAAGGCAGCACAGAUCAACAAUUGGAACGACGACGAAAAAAUUAAGUUUCUAUCAAUAUUUUUGAAAGAAACUGCUAACAAAUUUCUACAAAAUUUGGAAAACAAAAGAGAAAACUGGUCAUGGGAAAAUCUAAAAAGCGAGUUCAUAAACGAAUUUCAACCCAUAGGAUACUCAAUAAUAUUAAAAAACAAAUUAGAAAAUAGGAAACAGAACGACUUAGAGUCAAUUUCUAGUUUUGUUACGGAAAUAGAAUACCUGUGUAGCCAAGUACAAAAAGAUAUGAAAGAGGAAGAUAUUUGCGUGUACAUACUAAAAGGUAUUAGGGAACCUAUAUUACAUGCCAUCUCACUGCAUGAUAAUAGUACUUUGAAAAAAUUGAAAGAAAAUUUAAAAAAAUAUGAACUUAUGCAAUUUAGAAUUAAUUCAAGAAGUUCAGGACUCAGCGAAUACACGGAAAUCUUAAAUAAACAAGUAAUGCAACUAAAUAAUGAAACUAAAGACAGCAAUCAAGAAAUAAAACGAUUAAAUACAAAAUUAGAAGGAAUAGACAGUUAUCAUAAAAAUAAAAUCGAUCAUCUGUGUACCAAAAUCGAUCAACUAUGUACCGAAAUGCAUAAUAUUAAAAAAUACGACAAGACAGUCAAUUUUGAAAAUAGAUCACGCAAUAGAGACAAAAGUCCAUAUCCAGGAAGAACAGAUCACGAAGGCAGGAACAAUUAUAGGGAAAAAAGUCCUUAUCCCGAUAGGUACGACAACUAUAAGCUCAGAGACAGUAGUAGAGAUAGAUACAAUAACAAUAAAUAUAGAAAUAACAGUAGAGAAAUGAGCAAUAAUAGAGAUAGGUCUGAUUCAAGAAAUAGGGAAAACUCCUACGACAGAUCCAGAAAUAGAGAUAGUUAUAAGUUCAGAAAUCGUGAAAAUGACAUAAGUAGGAAACAGCACAGUAGGGAAAACAUGCAAGAGAAAGUUAUUCAAGAUCCACGACGCCGGAAGGAUUUAAUGGAAGAGGAAAAAUAA